AGUUCCCGGGCCAAGCCGGUCGCACAAUGUUUGCUGGUGAUGUCCAGCGCCGCUGGCAAGUCCAAAAGUGAACUGGCUGCGCAGGUGCUUGAAGCUUCAUUGCGAAAUGAGAGAGAGGCUCGGGAGAAGUUGGAGAAACUGGUGGAUGCCCAGCAGCUGCAGGUGGAAGAACACCAGCACUUACGGCUGAAGCUGGAGGCGCUGGUGCGCCUGGAGCGCGACAAGGUGAAGGAGCUGGAGCAGCAGCUGGCGGGGACCCAGGAGCUUGCUCAGGGGCCACAAGAUACAGUACGUCUUCAGAUGGUGCUGCAAGGCCGCGACAAGCAAUUGGAUGACCUGUCCAAAGAGUACACGGAGAAACUGAAAGAGGCGGAGAACAACGCCUUCGAAGCGACGCUGGCCAAGCAGGAGGUGUCCACCCUGAGAGCGGAGGUGUCGGACAGCCGGGAGGAGCUGGAGCGCUCCAUCCGCUGCGAGGCGCAGCUCAGGGCGCAGAUCUUUGAGCUGCGGGACCAGAACCAAAAGCUCCAGGAGAGCCUGGGGGAGGAGCAGGCCAGGAGCUCCCAGGUGGCACAGGCCACGGCGGCCAUGCAGGCGGCAGAGGAGCGGAGCCGGGCGCUAGAGAAGCAGAUGGCUGAAGAGAAGCAGGACGCCAAGCAAGAGAUCGACACCUUCAAAGUCCAGACUGAUGAGAGCAUGAGCAUAAAAGACCAGACCAUUCGUCAUCAAACCUCUGCGAUAGAGGCUUUGACUCGGGAGCUGAAGGAGAGAAAAGUGGAAAUUGAAAGGCUGACAGAUAUAUUGGCCUCAGGUGACAGCGAAGGCAACAUGCCCGCGAAGGGUGUGACGAGGGUCUUCCUGCCGCCUCUGGGACCCAAGCCCAUGGAGGACGUGGAGGUGAAGAAAUCCAUCGAGAACCUCCGGAAGCAGCUGAAAGCGAAGGAGUCCAAGCUGUCAAAGCAGACUGAGCGGCUACAGGGUCUGGGGGAUCUGCUGGAGGAGCGGGACACGCAGCUCCAGGAGUUGUCCAGCGCUCGCCGUGACCGGGAGAAGCUGCGCGUGCGCCUCGCGGACCUGGAGGACGCCAUGAAGGUGCAGAAGAAGGUCCUCUCCCGCGCCGACGCGGAGCGCCGGCUCAUUGGCCAAGAGGCCAGGCUCAAGGAGUCCGAGCGCCAGAUCAAGGAGCUUGGCGAGAGCCUGCACAAGGAGCGGACCGAAAGACAGGUGGCGAGCUGCGAGCUGCGGGCCCUGGAGGAGCGGCUCUCGCGAGGUGCCGACUGCGCGGUGUCCAUGGACGACGCCAACGAGGCGAUGACCCAGGAGCUGGCGGAGCAUCGAGUGCAGCUGGCAGUGCAGCGGGAGCAGGUUGACAAGCUGGAGGCCACUCUGGCGGCUGCCCAGGCAGACGUGCGGAAGCUUAGCGAGCGCACGAGACCUGAAGCAGAAGACGUGGCCACGCUGCCGCAAGUGCAGCGGAAGCUGCGGAAGCUCGAGUCAGUGGAUCAGCAGCUGGCGAGGGACGUCCUCAUGCACCUCCAGGAUCGAGAGAACAGGAUCGAGAUACUAAACUCCACCGUGGCGUUGCUGCGGCAGACUGUGGAGGACCUCCAGCCUGAGAAGGCCGAAACAGAAGCCUUGUCGUGAGUUUCCCUUGUUUCACCGCAUUUAAUUUUUACAUGACAUGUUGUAGCAAAGAGGUCCUUGGACGCUUCCAGCACGACAGAGUUGUGCACUGCAUCCGAGCUUCCCUGCUCAUGAGACCUUCGCUUGUUCUCACUAGCCGCAUCAACAUUUUGUGAUUUGAGCGUGGGCCGUGCGUGAAAGAGAGGGGGUGUUUGGUUGACCGGUCGUGGAUCCACGCGCUGGGAAAAGCCCAGCAUUGGCCAAAGACGCGAGACCGGC